UGUGCUAUCACAGGCUAUGUUUUUUGGAAGAAAUUGUACCAGCUCGUAAAAAGGUCAUUGACCCUGACUUAACAAUUUCCAGUGUUUUUUACGAAGAAAGGCGUAUUGAAAUUCACCUUCUCCAAAAUGAUGUAUGGAAGUGCUUUGCUACCAUGAAGUAGAAGAGAAUGUCAUCCGAAGGGAUAGAUGUAGAUAAAACCCAACAUAAACCCAGCUCAUGUCUUGGUCAACAGACGACAUCAUUAGCAAGAUGUUUGGGACGACAAAGAUAGCCACUGUUGAUUUCAACUCCAACAAGAACUGUUUCCUGGUUCUACCCAAUUCAUGGGCCCAGGAGUUCAGAAGAAAAGAGGUGUCUGCCUUUGAGCUGCAAUGGGGAGAUAGCGGCAAGGGUUACCUUAGCUGGUCUGGUGAGAUCAGCCGAGCCUCGCUGGGUGCCAGUAAUAGCGAUGUCUCCAUCCAAAUCAAUGGCCUUCUGGGAAACAAACUUGGUCUGAGACAUGGGCAAGAGGUCCUGAUGAAGCAAGUGACGUCCGUCUGGUCUUGCUACAAAGUGACUGUAGAACCUGCCUCGGUAGAUGACUGGGAAAUACUGGAGUUGAACUCAUCGUACAUAGAAACUCGUCUCUUGGACCAAGUGCGUGUCGUCUGGUCAGGGCAGGUGAUCCCUGUCUGGAUCGAUAAGAUGUGCAUCUUUAUCAAAAUAGCUUCUACUGAACCUGAAGCCCCAUGCGUCCGUUUAGAGCAAAACACAGAGAUGAUCAUAACCCCCAAGAACCGUCUUCCACAAUCGGCCCCACCUACUCCAUCAAGACAAGACAUCCAUCCAGGACAUGGGUUAUUACAGACCAAAAGUCGUUCGGAUUCGGGUUCAGGCAGCUCCUCAUCCGAGCUUAGUGGGAACAGUUCAGUGUCGGGUUACAUCAGUGAUUUUGACUCGAUGAGCUCACUUUCCAGCGGUUUUGAUAACCAUGUGUGGAGUUACGACACGAGCCGUGUCUCUAAACCAGAGGAAGGAGAGACCAACAUUCCCAGCAUGCCCUGGGAGGUUGACCCUGUUGAUGUAGAGGGCGCUAUUCCGUGGUCAUAUAAGAUCUGGAGGAAGCUGCUGUCCUUUGUGUCCAGAGAGGCAGACGCAAACAGAGUACGACAGGACUGUGCAAACGAGGAAGAUGCCAGAAGGAAGAUGGCAGCCGAAUUCUGGAAGGACGUUAGAAUUGUUGCAAGGGUCCAACCCAUGUUCAAUCACAAGAAAAGCCUGAAGACCUCUAGGAGACAACGGGAGGGGUCGACCAGCACAAGCAGUGAAAGCUCUGAGGACCAGAAAAAGGAUGUUUCUUCUCCUGAGAGAUCCCACAGGAAGACUAGCAAUAGAUUCACCAGACAGAUGUCCUUGACCUCUCACGUAGUGAAACCUCGCGAGCCAUUGGGCUCAAGAUCAACUGAUAGCCCACCCUUGCCAGGGGAAGCGGACUCUCUGUCCAACCUCAUGCAACCCACCACUGUCUACCUGAGCUCAGUAGGGGACUCUGAGUUCUUAUGGCAAUACGCAGCCAACACGAAAGAGGAGGGAAGUACGCCCCCUUCAGAAUAUGUCACCUUCCUUGCCACCAUGACCAAGCAGCCGUCUCCCAAAGAACGCAACGAGGAAAUCAAACGAAAGCUCCUGCAGGAGUCGAAGAAGGAGCAGAACAACACGACUUCAUUGAACAAUGCGAGUAACAACUCGGAUGGAAACGAUGGGCCUCAAAUUGGCGCUGGUGAAUCUGUAGAGACAAGAGAUGGCAAGUCUUCCUGCAUUGUCAGGAUCAUCGUCCAUUGCCACGAGCUCAAGUCCCACUGCAAGAAGGACUCUGUCAACCCAUAUUCCUCCACAGUCUUCCAGGACAAACCCACCCAGUGGUACAUACAGAUCCCUGAUAUCCUUAGGAGGCAGAUGGGACUGGAGUUAUCCGCUGGUGUCCAGCUCAAACCGGUUGUCAGUCCACCCUCGCCCAUCCAGAGCAUGAUCCUUGCUCCACUUUUUGACUUGAAGGAUAAUAUGAAUGAGACUAUGAUUCUACGAGCCUUCAACCAAUGGCUGACCUGUGUUAGCUGUAUGAUCUCUCCGAUACCCAUUGUACAAUCUGGAAACCUUUUCAGCUUCCCAAUCACACCAGACUUUACAGGUGAAUUCCUUCUAUCAGUCAAUCAUGAUGUGAAAGAAUCCACAAAGGAAUCCUACUUUCUUCUGCAUCCCUUCGUGACGCGGAAGGCAGAGACCUCCCUCGGCCAGAAGCCCAAGAGGGAGAAGGUGGCUGAUGAGAUGGUAAAAGAACUUCCUGUGAGGAGUGUGGAGGAGCUAGAUGACAUCACAAAGGGAUUCAGACUCAGAGAGCUUGGACCAAUGGCAACUCUUGGUAGUGGAGCCCUCGAGCACAUCACCGCAACUUUGACCUCACGACCUCUAGGUCGCCAGCUGUGUGCCUCGGUUCCCGGUCAGAGACACGGAGGGGUGUUGAUCUGUGGCGGGCGUGGCUCUGGGAAGACCACCGUGGCCAAGGCGGUGUGUCAGGAGGCCUCGGAGUGGCCCCUUCUAGCCUACGUCAAAGUGGUAGAGUGCCACGCCUUGAAAGGUAAGGGAGUCGAUACGAUCAGGAAGAUCUGGGAGGAGGCCUUUGAUGAAGCAGCUUGGCGUCAACCUUCCGUCAUCUUAUUGGAUGAUCUAGACCAUGUGACCUCAGCUCCUCUGGGGCCGGAACAAGAGAUGGGGCCAGAAGCCACCUACAAUUCUCGUCUUGCCCAAGUUCUGAAGGAUCUGGUAACCAAUGAGAUCAACGAGGGGAGUCGCAUCGCUCUCCUAGCAACCUGCUCCUCUAAGAAAUCCAUCCACCAGUCUCUUCUGUCUUCAAGGGGUCUUCAUCUCUUCCAGUCUUGCUUAGAGAUCAGUCCCCUCUCAAAGCCGGACCGUGCAUCCCUCCUCUCCUCCGUCAUCCACUCCAAGGUGGAGAUUAACCUUCAAACUCUGACCCAGGUCGACGCCAACCUGCUGAGCGCAAAAAUGGAUGGCUUUGUGGCCUCUGACCUGGUAACUGUCACAGAGAGGGCGGUGCAUGCAGGGAGUUCAAGAGAAAUAUCCCUAGGGCUUCAUGCCUCUCGCAUUCAUGGGCCUGAUGGUGACCACCCCUGUAAUGAGAUUCUUCUGUGCCAGGAGGACUUUGAGGCUGCAUUACAGAGCUACUCCCCUGCAGCUCUACGGGAUGUUCCACUCCACAGUGCGGGGGAGUUGGGCUGGGAGGAUGUGGGCGGGCUGAAUGGAGUCAAGCAGGACCUUGUGGAGACUCUACAGCUUCCAGCCAAGUACCCUGAACUGUUUGCAAGCUGCCCUCUAAGACUACGGUCAGGCCUGCUUCUCUAUGGACCUCCUGGCACCGGCAAGACUCUGCUGGGGGGCGUGGUUGCUAAGGAGUGCGGACUAAACUUCAUCAGUAUAAAGGGUCCUGAGUUAUUGAGUAAGUACAUAGGAGCAAGUGAGCAGUCAGUUCGGGAUCUCUUCACCAGAGCCAUGAGCGCCAAACCAUGUAUCCUCUUCUUUGAUGAGUUUGAUUCAUUAGCACCGAGACGAGGUCAUGACAGUACAGGGGUCACUGACCGAGUGGUCAAUCAACUUUUGACCCAGUUAGAUGGAGUAGAGGGACUAGAAGGUGUGUAUGUGAUAGGUGCUACAAGUCGCCCUGAUCUGAUAGAUCCAGCCCUCUUGAGACCGGGUCGGUUGGACAAGUGCCUCUUCUGCCCAAUCCCCACAGCUGAGGAAAGAGUAGAGAUCUUGCAGGCCCUAGCCAGGAAAAUGACAUUACGUUCUAACGUUGACCUCGCUGCCAUCGCCAAAAAGCUUGACCACUUCACCGGAGCGGAUCUCAAAGCCCUGCUCUACAACGCCCAGCUGGAGGCCAUUCAUAGCACCCUCAUGCAGUCUGACCGACGCGAUUCAAACCUAGGGCUCCCUCUCACGAGCUCACUACACAACUGCAGCAUGGAGGCCGACGAGUGGAAGCUGACUUUCUUGGAGACGUUCUCAGAGAGCGAUCACGGGCCGUACUUGGAUGAAGCCUCCACCAUGAACCAACGUCUGGCUAGCCUCUCAGAGGCAGAGAGGGCGCUAGCAACGACCAUGAAGCUGACGGGGGACAUCGACGACGAGAUGGACGGUGGCGAGGAGGAGGACAUCGAUGAGGAAGGGUUGAGGAGAAGGAGAAGGGAGCUGAGGCUGGACUUGGCAGGUGGACUGACUAGGUCUGAUCUGAAUGGUAACAUGGAUGGAGCUGGAGCCAUGUCAAAAAUGCUGCUGACAGAACUCAUGAGAGAAGACUCUGAAUCGAUGGGGCAAGACGAGACCCCGUCCCCACCAGAGGGGAGCGUCUUUGAUACCACCAUGACCCCAGCGACCCCAUCUCUGCCCCCUGACACGCCCUUGGCUCCUCCUCCCCCGCAGCAGAGGGUGGUAUACAUGCCCACCUUGAGGGAUGGCGUGGUCGACCCCACCCCUGAGACAAGGGAGAUCAUUGGAAAUGAGGUGGAUGUCAUUGUUGAGAAUUACACAAGAAAGAUGGCUGGUGAAAGUGUGGGUGGGCCAACGGAUGACACAGUCACAGAAGAUGUGUCUGUGAUCAGAGUGAGUCAAAACCAUCUCUUGAGGGCAGCACAGGGAAUGAAGCCAUCCGUGUCGGCGUCGGAGAGACAAAAGUAUCGGCAGAUUUACAAGUCUUUUGUGAAAUCAAGAGGAGGCGAGUUCCCCCAAGGCCAGUCUGCAGAAGCUACCCAGAAAGUUACCCUUGCCUGAGGAAUCCUGCUUUGGACUUGCCAAAAUCAAAGAUGAAUCCCACCUGGCUGUAACAUUGGGUGGAAUUUAUGAAUUGUUAUCUUUUUUGUUUAAUAACUACUAGAAUAAUGUUAAUUAUUGUUGUGCAAGUCACUUCUAGAUUCUAAUCUAAUGAUUAGUCGAACACACUCCUGAUCACACUUUUUUCACGAAAAAGCGUGCAAUAGUUUCCAGUACUAUCUAAUAAAUUUCAAGUACAUGUACUUGAUGGGCAUCAGUGCGUGUUGAGGUCAAUGAACUUUUACUGUGUGUGCGUAGCAUUGAGGCGUGUAGAGAUAAGUGCAGUUAUCUUUGUGUGCGUGCUAUGGUAAGCCUAUUAAACGUGAGGUUCAUUAUUUGUCAGCGAUAAUGACAUUUAACAAUCUUGAAAGGAAUUCUUUUUACCUCAAAUAACAAGGAUCUAGGCAUUUUGUUUACUAAAACAAAUGAUGCAUGUUUUCCUUCAUUGAUUGCAGGACCUUUCCGCUCUUGUUGAGGCUAUCUGUGCACCUAUUGUCAUUGGUCUGACAGUUUCGUACGAUAAAUGCAUACAGCCUAUAAGAUCGUAGAAUGAACUCAUUCGCGUGCAUCGUUUGUAUAUUAUAAAUGAAAAUUCAUUAGUGAUUAGUUAAUGUCUGCACAAAGCUAGCCACAUUUGGGUUUAAUUCAUAAGAGCACAAGCACCAACUAGGAAUUGUAAAUUUGCCAAAUACCAGGUUGUUAUAACAAUGUAAAUCAUUUUCCUUAGCAUAAAAGAUAACACAGUUUUCAGGAUUCGACCCAGCAUGAACUUGCCUUGGUCAGGGGAGGAUGUAUAUGCCUUUUGAACAGCUCCCGGACUGGUACUGUGAGGAUAUUUGUAAUUCUUUGAAUAGUCGUAUUGUAAGUUGGUUAUCGAUACUCACAUCAUGGAAUCUUAGGUUAUCACUACUAACUGGUUUUGUUGCCUAUGGGUCGUGUAGUUUGAAAUUAAUUAUUGAUCAGCAGAGGAAAAUAAAGUCCGUAGUAGCCCAAACCAACUCAUUUCCGUCAAUCUGAAACUGCAAUCAGUGCAAAUCCCCAUUGCUUUGGGCUGCUACUUUAAAGCAGAGUGUUUGUUUUUCUGCCUUCCAACUCGAACUUGUACCUUUUCCUCUGAUCAUAUAAUUUACCAGUAUUGGGAAGCAACUUGUGGUUUGACUGUGAGACUUUGCAGUUUUGUUUUUUGAAUGUUUUUCUGUCAACUGAAUCAAUACAUCAGUGAAUUUAGUUGAGAGUCCUUUCCUUUUUGUUUUAUUUUAUUUUUAAGUCAAUGAUUUGUAAUUAUUUGCCUGGAGAAGGUGUUGUCUGUUCCGUGUCACUAGGACUUAGAUAUCUGAUCUUCUCAUUUAGAACCGAAACCAAUUUAGGGAUCAACUACAAGUUGUAGUUAUUCUUGCAUAUGUGUGAUAGGACAACCGGCCACCGAAUUGUACUGUAAAUUGUGUGUGAUAUAUUUCUGAAACCUAUUUGUACUUGUUCAUAGUCGCAUGUUGUUGGAGUAUCAACAUAAUUGUGUUGCGUUAUCUGUGGUAUACCAAUAUGGGAUUAUGGGUAUCUUGUAUGAUUUUCUUACUUUAACCACAUGCAUCUUCGUUACAGAAAAGGAUAUUGCUAUAUUUGUAGACAAAAAACUUAUGUUGCUUAAUAUCUGUGUAAUAAUGGAGGAAGAAAGUAUGCGAAAGCUUCUAAGAAAAUUUAUCAUUCUUUUCUUUUUCCUUCUUAGGCUUAUUGCCGUGUUUUGUAGACAACAAAUUCAAGCUGCUUGAUCAACUUGUGUAUUUGAUUAAUAAUGACAACAAUGAUAAUUACGAUCAUAAUCAUAAUUACAAUAAUAACAGUAAUGGGUUCUUGUAUAGUGCUCAUGUCUGUCACACUUGACACUACUUGUGUUCUAGUAUUGUUAACUCAGCUUCAAUAUGACAGCUGUUAUGGCGACCUAAAAUUUAAAAAGGGACAAAUACCUGCCAGGCUCCCAUUUACCUCACCUGGAUCGAGUGGGACAUAUGUAGAUUAAUGUCUUGCCAAAGGAUGAAAAAGAACAUGAGACCUAAUCAAUGUGUAGACAUGAUGAUCGAUGAUGAAAUGCAAAUUGGAAUCUGCUAUGCAGUACUGAAAUCAAUUAACAAGUACCUACCAGUAUGUUGUAAAUACAGUUAUGGAUGAUGUAUGUAUUGUUUGAAAUAAGUAAGUUUCUCCACUAUAUGAAACAGCUAGCUUUUAAGUUUAUAAUGUGAUUGUGCAAUGAUGAUUUGAUUUUUUGACAAAAAUGCAUGCAAUAUGAUUAUUUGCACGUUAUGUUAUGUUAGUGUUUUACUCUCUCCUAACCCCCCCCCCCCCCCUCCCUGAUAGUCUAUCAUGUGUAUAUUUAAUAAUAAUAAUAAUGAACGUUAUUUGUAUAGCGCAUAUCACUAACACAAAGAAAGUCCCUAUGCGCUUAGAAAAGAAGGAAAAGGGUGGAAUAGAAAUGAACAUUUAUGCCUGAUACAUGAAAAUAAUUAAUUACAAACAACAAUAAUGAUACACAAUUCCUAUAUAGCUUACAUGUUAUAGGGUAAUUCAGGUAAUACAAAUUUAAACACGAAAAUUAAUUGAAAAUUGAAUUAAAUAUUAAAUAUGUACAUGAUACUAUAACCAAAUAAGUCACUAAAAAGCUGGAACAAAAUUAACAAGUUACGAAAAGAUAUAUAUGAUAUAGUUGUCUUCCAUCAUGCUUCUCACCCUCUAGUGAUUCUUUUUUUACGUAUAAUUAUAUUCAAGGAAGUAAAUCAGCAGGAUACAUGUAUUGCAGUAAUGCAGAAUGGUUAUCAGAAAAUGUGUCAGUAAUAUUUUAUUGACAAACACAUUCUUUUUUCUAACCUUAGAUAGCGAGUUAUCAUUGGAUCCAAUUAUGUAUUUGCCAACAUAAGUUAUUAAUUUUCAAAAUUGUUUAAGAAUCACUUUCAACAAACAGGGAAGUUGGAGGAAGUUUAUGUUUUUUAGCUAGGUUGUAAUUUUGAUAUGUAAUUAUCUCAGUACUGUGUAAUAUGGCAAAGUCCACCCUUAUGUUUGGUUGGUUUGACUAAAAUAAUAUAUUUGACAAUUUUUUUUUAUUUAAGAAAUAAAUAAAUUACAGAGCAUAUAGUAGAGGACCUCGUAAGAUGAGUCACAACUUUUUUAUAUUUAUAUGAUUUUGCUCAAAUUUUCACUGAUCUGUUUCUUUCCUUUUUCUGCUUUGUAAUAAAACCAACUUAAGUUAGGGCGGAAUUCACCUUUGACUUGUAUGCUCUCUUGAUUUCAUUUUUGAAAAUCAUGAAAUCAUUCUGUUUCUAGCAGCUAUAAUAAUGCAGGGAUUGUAGUUGAAUUUUUUUUUUAAAUUGAUUUAGUCAUCUGUUCAUUUGGGUGAUGUUAGUUGUAACUAUCUGUAUUGUUAUGUAAUCAUCUUGCAUGAGAUAUUAUUUGUUUGAUAAAAUUUGAUAUGGUGGCAAUAUAUCGUCUAUAAAAUGUAUUUGUAAUGCAUGAAAAUACUGGAUUAAAUAAAUCAAAUCUAUUGACGUAUGUGAUAAAA